AUGGAAUACCGAACAUUGGAUAUCACACGUGAUCCAACGGAACAAGGUUUUGAGGAGCACAGCUUCGACCUGAUCAUCGCUUCCAACGUUAUGCACGUCGCUCCAAAUCUGCAUGAGGCUUUGCUACAUACCAAAAAGUUGCUUGCUAAGAAUGGGCGCUUCCUGCUACAGGAGAUUGAUUCGGAUACACCUGUUACAGACUACGUGGUGGGUGCGCUUCCUGGCUGGUGGUUGGGUGAAAACGAUGGACGCCCCGACAAACCUUACAUCUCGGGGGAGGAAUGGGACAAGAAGCUUCGUGCAGCUGGAUUUACUGGAGGCGAGACAAUCGAGCGCGAUCUCGAGGGUUCGGUUCAGCCGUUAUUCACCAUCAUCUCUAGGCCUGUUCAGGAGCCGAUCACUGACAGAGAGGUAACUAUCCUGGCGUCUAACCCGGAAGAGGCAGGAUGGCCUGGAGAUGUGGCAGCGUGUUUCCGAAGAAGGGGCUAUGAAGUCCACUGGUCAACCUUGGAUGGCUCGCCCUGUAAUAAUCAGAACAUCGUUUCGCUACUGGAGGUUGACAAUCCAUACUUCACUCAGUCUUCCCAGGAAGAAUUUUUGGUUCUCCAGCGCUUCCUAAUGCAGAGUAAGGGAUGCAGAAUAUUAUGGGUGGCGCAGCCAAGUACACUUAGCUGCACGGAUCCGCGCUUCAGUAUUAUCCAUGGUCUUGCUCGGGUACUGAGACGCGAACUACUGCUUGAUCUCUCACUCUUGGAGAUGGACACCGAUGGAAAGCCUGCACCCGAGACAAUAAUUGACCUGCAUGAGAAGAUUCAGCAGGCUCGCGAAAUACCAGAUACUGAUCUGGAGUACGAGUUCAUUCUAGACGGUGGCGUUGUUCACACCGCUCGGUCCUAUCGAACAUCCCUGUCGGAUCAGCUCACGACGCAUCCUCCCAUAGAUACACCACGGAAGUUGGGAAUCCAGCAAGUUGGUCUGACUAGUACACUGCAGUGGGUACCUGGUGUAGUGCCUCUACAAUUAGAGAGUGGAGAGGUUGAGGUUGAGAUGAGCUACGUGGGGCUGAACUUCAAGGACACUUUGGUUGCCAUGGGACUUAUUGGGAACCCAAACGAUAUGGGUCUAGAAGCAACCGGAGUGGUGCGUCGAGUUGCUCCGGAUGUCAUUGACCUGGCCCCUGGGGACCGCGUUGGGGCAAUGGGGACCGGGUUAUUCUGCAACCGUACGGUUCUACGUCGAGAGGCUCUCUCGAAGUUACCAGAUAGCCUUGCUUUGGAAGAUGGUGCAGCUAUGCUGACAGUCUAUUGCACGGUUAUUUACUCGCUAAUGCAGGUUGGGAACCUCCAAAAGAAACAGUCGGUCCUCAUUCACUCCGCUGCAGGUGGGGUUGGUAUCGCAGCCAUAAAUAUUUGCAAAAUGCUCGGUGCUACGAUUUACGCCACAGUUGGAAACGAGGAGAAGGCAGAGUACCUUGUCAACACCCAUGGAAUUCCCAGAGCGCAGAUCUUCCACUCCCGCAAUACAUCAUUCCUGCCGGAUAUUAUGCGGGCUACUAAUGGACGUGGAGUCGACAUCGUCCUCAACUCACUAAGUGGUGAGUUGCUACAUGCAUCCUGGGAGUGUGUGGCCGCCUAUGGGAAAAUGAUUGAAAUCGGACGGCGAGACAUCCUAUCCCAUGGAAUGCUCAGUCUGACCCCUUUUGCCGAAGACCGCUCAUUCCAUGCGGUGAAUCUUGCGAACGUCAGUCGGGACCGUCCUGAUAUAGCGAUAAGCACGGUGAGGACAUGCUUCGAGCUUUUCCAGAACGGCCAGAUCCAACCAAUUCGGCCCGUGCAUGUAUUUGAUACUACCCAAGUGAAGGAGGCUUUCCGAUACCUACAGACUGGUAAGCAUAUGGGAAAAGUCGUAAUCCAGAUGACACCAGAUCCAGCGCAGUUACCAUGCGCGCCCGUAAAGUCCAAGACUUCUUGUCCAUCCGACGCAUCGUAUCUUAUCGUUGGAGGCCUUGGUGGCAUUGGGAAGUCAGUUUCUCGGUGGCUAGUUGAACAUGGGGCUCGCGAGAUAGUGUAUCUCUCCCCAUCAGCUGAGAAGGAUGAACAUCGGAAGUUCUUAAAGGAGCUAGAGGUUCAAGGCUGCCACGUUAGCUGUGUGGCAGGCACUGUUACUGACCCUGCCGAUGUUCAACGAGCAAUCGGAAAGUGUACGAACCGUCUCACUGGCGUCGUCCAGAUGGCAUUGAAUUUGCAGGACCGAACCUUCGAGCACAUGACACCGGAAGAAUGGGAUAGCGGGCUAGCCCCCAAAGUCACCGGCACCUGGAAUCUACACACUGCAACCCAGGGCAUGGACCUGUCAUUCUUUGUCAUGUUCGGUUCGAUCGCAGGCUCCGCAGGCUCCCUUGGUCAGGCUAACUACGCGGCCUCAAACACAUUCCUGACCGGGCUUGCCACAUACCGGAGACAGCGUGGCUUGGCGGCGUCGGUCCUGAAUCUGGGCCCGGUCGAAGAUGUAGGGAUCAUCAGUGAACGGUCGGACUUGGCUCAAACGACUAGUGUAGCCUCGGCUCAGCCCAUAACAGAGCGGGCCGUCCUUGACGUGUUCCAAGUCAGCAUUGAAGACUCCCUUCCGAAUCAGCAGUGCUCGGGAAUACUGGACGUUGGCAUUUCGAACAAAACGGGUAAGAGUGAGAGCGCUCCACUCAUGCGGUUAUGGGGGCGCGAUGCCCGAUUUGCUAUGCACAGCAAUUUAGGGCAGGCGUCGAUGGAUGAGGGAAUGGACGGACCUGAGCAUCGGCUGCGCGAAUUCCUUAACAAUGUCCAUCAAGACCCUUCGUUGCUGAAUAAGGCUGAGGCGAUUACCGAGUUCAAACGGAACAUGGCUCACCUUAUUGCGGGCACGAUCUCGAAUGGUCGAAAACUGACUGAUGAAGAGGCUGCCGGUUUUGCAAUCGACUCGCUGGUGGCAAUCGAGAUGAGGAGUUGGGUGCGGCGAAUUAUCCAUCUUGAUGUCCCGUUGUCUGAAAUUACAAAGGCUGGCAAUUUGGGGUCAUUGGCUGAUCACAUCGUUAAACUCUUGAGGGCGCAGUAUAAGUUGGGUAGCGUUGGAGAGUAG